AAUGUCAUUUGUAAUUGUAUUUUGCUCGCCUUCUUGUUUUUGCUUUGCAGCUAGUUUAAUAUUUAAGGAAUUUGUGUAUAGAAAACUUUAUCUUUAAUUGUACAAAAUGAAAAUAUGUUCAAACGUAUUAAAGAUUUGAAGUUAAUGAAAUAACGAGGAAGUACUGUGUCGAUAUUGAUGUGCUCUUAACGUCCUAAACUAUGUUGUCACGGUUUCACCAUUUUCAUGGUUCAAAUAUUAUUUUAUUUGAAGACAAUACUGUGGCUUAUAGAAAAGCCAGCUUCGCUCACGGUCUGACGUUUAGUGAAAGACCCCUUUUGCCUGGUGAAAUAUUUCUAAUCGAGAUUGAAAAAACGGAGCGCGGAUGGAGCGGUCAUAUGCGUUUAGGACUGACGUUGCUCGAUCCCCAGACUGCUGCACUAGGUGAUAAAGGUCUACCACAGUAUGCACUGCCCGAUCUCGCUAACACAGGUAUGUCCUGGAUUUACCCCAUAACAAAAUCUCAAAAUAAUGUGAUAAGCACUUUUGAACUCGGAAAUGCAAAUGAAAAUAUAAAAUCGAGAAGACCAGUGCUCGGCGAAGGCCUUAGCGUGCGAACACCUCGUGGAUUAAUCUCCAAAAAGCUGUUGAAGCCACAAAAUUUAUCACAGAAAGGCACACCGCAAGGCAUUCUACCAAUGGACGCUGGGAGUCGUAUUGGUGUAAUGUUUGUUCCUUGCACAAAAAUUAGUAAAAGUGAUCCAGAUAUGGCUGAAAUGCACUUCAUUAUUAAUGGAGAGGAGCAGGGCCCUUGCACUAAAGUCAUACCUUAUACUACUGGGCAAUUGCAUGCAGUAGUAGAUGUUUAUGGGACCACAAAACAAGUGAAAAUUAUACAACUUUAUGGAGUAAAAACACUUCAAAUAGUAUGCAGGGAUGCAAUACUGCAGUACAUGAAAAUUGGUUCAGUGAAAUCUCUACCGUUGCCCCAGUGUUUAAAAGAUUUUUUACUUUCAUAAUAUCAACUCGUUAAAGUAACAAUGGUUACAUUGUGAUGACAAUAAGGCUGUUAAAUUUUCUUACUAUUCCAUAUUAUGUAUUUGGUGUUGUUAUUAUUUGAAUAUUUGUAUAUAUAAUUGGAUUAUAUUACAUCUGCCAUUCAAUCAUAGAUACUUGGCAACCUUUCAGGUAUUUCCUGUAUAAAUAAUAUAAUUUAAUCUGUAUAAAUAAUGAAAUUAAUGGUCCUUUGUAUGUGUACUUUCUUACAACUGGUGCAUAUAUAUCAUUGAAAAUAAGUCUAAAGUAUGUAAUUUUUUUGUUCAGUUUAAUCCAUCAGUAAUUAGUCGCUUGACUAUAAACUGAUUUUUUGAUAGAAGAUGAUGUUUAGACAAUGUUUUAGGUUGAAGGUUGCUACAUUAACCGCCUCUUCGUGUUAUGGUCAUACAUUGGUUGGUCCACCACACAAAUCAACAUUCUUAUGACUUGAAAAUACUAAAAUGAAGUUUUUGCAAUAUUUUCAAUAAAAGGCACAGUCACUUAUGACCCUGUUUUCUGCUUUGAUUUGAUUCCAACAGUUAGAAAAUGUUUUCCAAGGACUGAGUGGUUUAUAUAUGUAUAGGUAGAUAGAUUUAUGUUCAUCAUCUUAAUACCAACAGGCAAUAACACAAGCUUCGCGUUUGUGUGUAUUGUUCAAAUAUAUUUAUUUAAUUUUUUAUUUACAAAUUCAGCAAAAUAUUGAAAUAAGAAACAAAAACCUGGUAAUCCGUAAAAAGUGUGUUUAUGUUUUACACUAAAAAAGACAUAACUGUUCAUCUCGCAGUCUGGUAUAAAAAUUGGCUGAGAAUGUGAUAUAUGAUGAGAAAAUAUGAUGCAAAAGCAAAAAUUGCCAGUCAACAAUUGGGGCCAAAUUUAUUUAUCUUUAUUGUAAGAAUCAGAAAUGCAUGAUACGGUUUAUUUACACGUUGACUGCAGUCGGCAACUGCCGCUAAUACGUCGCCGACUGCAGUCGUCGGUAUCAGUUGCUGCUCGUGUAAAUAAACACUUAUAUACAAUUUCUAUCAGUUUUACUACACGUACAUUGUACAUCAAUAGUCUUACUGUAAAAAAAUAUCAAAAUUAUUACUAUUGUCACUAUUGUCUAUUAUGUACUUUUAUGUUUUAUUGGUUAUUUACUUUAACAAAGUGGUUGUUUGUGUUCCUGAAAGGUAGCUAACAUGAAUAAAUAAUAGUACCUACAAGAGCUAUUAUUUUGUACUAGCUGAUGCCGCGCGGUUUCACUUGAUUUCCGUUUCCGUAGGAAUACGGGGAUAAUAAUAGCUAAGUCGAUUAUUUUUUUUUAUUCUUUGCAAGUUAGCCCCUGACUAGAAUCUCACAUAAUGGUAAGACAUGAUGACACGCACGUUUUUUCCGGUAGGGUCAUAACUAGCCACGGCCGAAGCCUUCCACCAGCCAGACCUGCCAAUUAUGAAAACCUCAAUCCCAGGUCCACCGCGCAUACCAUUGCGUCACGGAGGCCGUCAUAAAAUCAUAAUAGCCUAAUGGUAUGGUAAUUAUUUUGGAAAAAUGCGUUUGAAAGAAUCUAAUAAGUAUGUAUGACUUUCGUGAUAUCCAAGUGGAUAUGACCUCUGCCUCCGAUUCCGGAGGAUGUGGGUUCGAAUCCGGUCCGAGGCAUGCAACUCCAAAUUUUGAAUUGUGUGAAUUUUAAGAAAUUACAUAUCACGUGUCUCAAACGGUGAUGAAAAACAUCGUGAGGAAACCUGCAUACCAGAGAACUUUCUUAAUUUUCUGCGUGUGUGAGGUCUGAUCAUGCGCAUUGGGCCAGCGUGGUGGAUUAUUGGCAUAACCCCUCUCAAUCUGUGAGGAGACUCGAGCUCAGCAGUGAGCCGAAUAUGGCUUGAUAACGAUGUACAAAAAGUCUUGUGUCCCGGUGUUUAUGGUCGCACUCCUUCGAAACAGCUCGACCGAUUUUAAUGUAAAUUCGGUAGGUAGCUAUAUAAAUAGGUCGUAAAGUUUAGAUAUUUCACUCUCCACCUUAAUUUUUUUUUUAUCGCGAUUUUAGUAUAUUAAAAAUAAAAUGGAGACCAAUGUUUGCCAACAAGCUUGUUGAAUGUUGUAUUUAAUUAUCACAAAUAGAUACUUCUUUGUUUUACGGAAACAAUGUACAAGAACUUUGUUUUUUUUUUUUUUAUUAAUUUGAAUUUUUUAACGUAACGGUUGUAGGUAUCUGCCUAUUUAAUAAAAAUAUUUUUGCUUA